GGCAGCCUACUCUACUUGGUCUAGACUGGCCUAGUAGAGUGACAGAGAAAGAUCCCCUAUUUAACAUUUCGUCUGAGCUCGCCUUUAGACGGAUAACGAUGAUCUUAAUUUGUGAGUUUGUAAUUAGUUUUGGAACGUACUACUUAUUGACAGUCGGUACAUUUAUCAUGUUUUGUUAUCUGUGGCAAUCGGGAUUUCAAGUGUUGAGCAGUGUUGAGUUGUUGAAACUUCGAUUUUUUAUUAUUUAGUAAAACACGAAUAUCAAACCGUGAUAGGGACAGGGAUCGUUAAUAUGUUUUGCUUCUCACAAAAAAUGAAGUUGGAAAAGUUGGAGAGUUAAAAAGAAAGUAGCUCGGUCUAGAAAAAACAUCUAAAUUAAACGUUGUAUAUUUUGUAAAAUGUCGAGUAACUCUUUAUUGUUUUCUCUUAAUAAUGAAGGCAAAGUGUAUGCAUUAUCUACAAGUGGAUCAUGUUGGAGAGAAUUCAUGUACCUUGGUUUGGAAUUUAAAACUUUAUCAGCUGUGCCACAUUUCCUUUGGGCAGUAGGCGGGGACCGGCAAAUAUACCUCCACGUUCAUGGUUUAGAAAUCCCCAUCAGAGUUCAAGAGGAGUCCUACGAAAAUGAACGUUGGUUGCCUCUAGAAGGGUUCAGUGGAAGGCUCCUGCCAACUGAUAGGUAUCACUUUUCUUCUCAAGAUGGUACGCAGGAUAGAGCAAUACAACGCAUCAGAUUACCCUCCAUGGCUUGGCAAUGGGAGGGCGAAUGGCAAUUGGAACUCACAUUAGAUGGACACCCUUUAGACCAUGAUGGAUGGACCUAUGCAGUUGACUUUCCAGCCCAGUUUGGCCCCAGUAAACAGUGGAAGUCUUGUGUCAGAAGGAGAAAAUGGAUCCGGUAUAGAAAGUUCAGUGCUAUGAACUCCUGGUGUGCUAUAGCACCCCUUCACAAAGACCCCACUCAGGAACCAUUUAUUGAUGUAAGCAUUGGAGGAAACCAAAUACCUUUUGCAGGGCCCGGAACACUGUCAGUGUGGGCAAUUACUGCUCAUGGGCGAGUCAUGUACAGAGCUGGCGUAAGUACCACAUCCCCUGAGGGCUUGAAGUGGACUAACAUUAGCAUUCCACCUAAUUGUGAUAUUAAACAAAUAUCUGCAGGAGCUACAGGUUUAGUAUGGGCUCUGUUGUGGACAGGCCGAGCCAUAGUAAGAAAGGGUAUAACAAAGGACUGUCCUACUGGAGAAGGUUGGUUAGAAGUCAAGUCACCCAGUGAAACAAAGCUCACUGUCAUCUCUGUGGGAUAUAAUGCAGUUUGGGCUGUGAGCUCUGACAAUAAAGUUUGGUUUAGAAAGGGUGUAGAAGGCAACACUGCUGGCACUUCUGAAGUAUCUGCAAUGGGCACUGGCUGGUUAGAAAUCACAGGAAACAUGACUCAUGUGUCAGUGGGAGUGAAUGAUCAGGUGUUUGCUAUAGGGGAGUCAGAUAAGAGCAUAUAUUGGCGAAGUGGAAUUUCACCUGCAGAAUUAACUGGAAAAAGAUGGAGAAUGGUACAAGCCAAUAUGCAACUAAGUCGAACAUCAAGUUCAGCUAGCAUGGUUUCAUCAGCAUCUAAUAAUGCAAAGCACCAAAGUUUGACUAUGCUAAAUGAAACAACUCAACUAAAAUCCCAUAUUAAUAUCCAUAAUUCUUGGGAAGAAUCUCAUUCUGCACCUAUAGAGCAUACACUUCCAAUAAAACCACCCAAGGAACAUACUUCCAAAAAGACUACAACAGCUACAGAUAUUGAUUUAACAGGUAAAAGUUAUGAAACAACUUUGAAAAAUCCACGAGCUUGGAGUCCAGUGAGGAGUGUGGGCUCAGUGGUGGGGAUGGAAGCCCAGCCAGAUAGUGACAGCAGUGUAUUUGAUGUGGACUCUGGCAUGUAUUUUGAUGAGGAAGUGAGUCAGACUGCUUGGGGAACAUGUGACACAAAUUGGACAUUUGUUGAGGCUGGUGCCUGCUGCAUUGAUCCCGUACAAGUGCCACAUUGGUUUACAGAUAGUCAAAAUUCACUCAAUUCAGACUUGAAUGCUAAUUGGCGUAUCCAGAUAUUAGAUUCUUUAAAAAACAGGAAGAAUCAAGAUCUUGACUUAUCUGACUACGGCUUAGCUAUUGAUGAGAAGGGCUGGACUCGCAGCUGUGAAGCCAGAUUAAUUACUGCUAACAAUGCUGGAGAGGAUUGUAUUCUCUCACUGUACUGGCAUGCCUUAGAAAAUAUAGGGACAUUAUCAGUGUUUAAGCCUGAUGGCACAAUUAAAUUUAUUUUGAACCUCGGUGAAAUUACAAGUAUUAUGUCUGCCUCUGAACCGGGAAGUCCCAGAUUAGCUUUAACAGUACCGCGACAAAAUAAAGAUCCCAUUAAAAUACAGUUCAUGACAGAAAUGGAACAAGAAGAAUGGCUAAAUGUGCUGGUGGAUAUCACGUCACAAAUUAAUGGCCUCUCUGGAAAACCCUCUGCAAGUUCUGUGUGGACUGUUACUAACUCUGGUGAUAUACUUAACUGGGAUCCCAUGCCAUCCCAACAGAACACCGAAAACAAAGGGUCUUAUAGCAAGGAAUACCAACUGAUAGGCAAAAAUAUAGUUCCAGGACUUGUUACAACAUUAGACAACAAUUUCCCACCAGGCACCUCUCUUAAAAUUGUUGGCAGCUUAUUUGAUGAAGUUGGCCGGUUUCACGUAAAUUUACAAGGUCCAGAGGUAAAAAAGCAGCGGCAUAAAAUCGAAACUGAAGUAACUGAAGUUCACUUUCAUUUUAAUGUUAGAUUUGAUGAAAAUACAGUUGUUUGCAACACAAAGACAUCUGGUAACUGGGGCUUGGAAGAGCGUUAUGACUUACCCCUAGCUCCUGGUCAAGAAUUUACAAUAAACAUUAUUUGUAUUAGGGAGGGAUUCAAGGUUUUUGUUAAUGAGAAGAAAGUUUGUUUUUAUAGACACAGAUUAACACCAGAUAGCAUAACAUCAGCACAAAUUCUAGGCCCUAUGAGAGUGUAUACAAUGGAAUAUACCUCCACAAGCCCGAUUAUAGGUCCAGAUGAAAUGUAUUGGCGGAUGAUAGGAGGGUACCUGAGAAGGGUUGAGAGUGGUCAGAAUGGAAUAGUUUGGGGAAUAACACACGACCACCGAGUGUGGGUCUACACUGGAGGAUGGGGUGGAGGCGCAUUGAAAGGAAUAGGCAGCAAUGAUGGCAUCAAUUCAAUGAACGAUACUCAAACAUACUGCAUAUACGAGAACCAGCGGUGGAACCCGUUGACCGGCUACACGUCGGUGGGCCUGCCCACGGACCGCUACAUGUGGAGCGACAUUACUGGGAAACAUAAGAGAACGAGAGAACACACGAAGUUGUUAAGUCGCCACUGGCACUGGAUAUCAGAAUGGAUGGUGGACUACAAUACUCCAGGGGGCGUGGACGGCGACGGCUGGCAGUACGCGACCGACUUCCCAGCGCCGUACCACGGAAAGAAGAUAUUCACGGACUGCGUGCGGCGCCGCCGGUGGUACAGGAAAGCGCAGAUCAUAACUGAGGGUCCGUGGGUUCGAGCUGGGAGUACUCCGCUACUGGAUAUCUCUUUAUGGAAUGAAGGCGAGACAACUUCAGUGUGGGCCGUCACACUAGGCGGAGAUGCGAUAUACCGGACAGGAGUCACCGUUACAACCCCCGCGGGUACUCACUGGGAACAUAUUAGCAAUCCACAAUCGCUAAUCGCAAUCAGUACGAGUUGCGGAAUCGUCUGGGCAGUAGGCCGAAAAGGAGAACUUUAUUACAGGGAAGGCAUUACCACUGACAACCCUGCAGGAUCCAACUGGAAGUUAAUAGAAGCACCUAAGUGUACAAUAGGAUUUUCGCACAAGGCUAAAGUUACUGCGAAGUCAGUUUCGUUGUGUAAUGGAGCGGCCUGGGUCAUCCUUACUAACGGUAUAGUGGUUGUCCGAACGGGCAUAACCAACACCUGCCAGGAAGGAAUACAUUGGAAAUAUUUAACAGUUCCAUUUACGGACGACAAGAGCAUGCAUUCGGUAAAAGCUUUAUCACUGCAUCGAUUAAUAAUGCAAUUGUUUGAUAACGAGAUGACAUUCAAGCAAGUGUCUUGCGGGGAGCAAGGCGUGUGGGGAGUGGACUCGGACGGGGCGCUGCACCGCCGGCUCGGCGUCUCCGCCACCAACCCGGUCGGCAUCGCGUGGCAGCCCGCGCUGGCCGGCGGCGGCGCCCUGCUGCACGUCUCGGCCCGGGGACGCCCGCUUUAAACAUACCUACCUACUCUACACCGAACGGAAGUUGUUCUUGCACGUGUCAUAGUACGCACGCAGAGGCAGCCCCCGACAGGGUGUAAGGACUAUUUGAUUAUUCUCUACCUUGUUUAUUAUUAGUCAUGUGAAAACGUGUACCAAAGCUUGACUAAUUUGUGGCCGAUUUUAUCAAUAUGUUGAUUAACGAAAGAACUUGUAACUUAUUUAAAUAUUCUACCAAAGAAACAAAGAAGAUGCUAUAUAGAGUAAGUAUUAAGUACAAUGAAUUAAACUUCCAUACUGCUGCUGCUCCGCUUUAUAUGAAGUAUUUUGUAUGACUGUUGUAAUGUAUCCGAAUUCAGUCUAUAGAUGGAAAAUGGCCCAUGUGACCCUGUAACGGAUCUCUAAAAAUUACUUGUGAUAUAAUCUUCCAAGUUAGACUGCAGCUAAAAGGCUUUUAUUUAACAUGCUCAUAUCGUAUUAUAUUUAUGUACGCCUCAAGGCUUUAAGUAAGCGUUCAUAAACAUAUAAUUAUUUUAGAUCAAACAACCCAACCCAAUGAACUUAAAACUCUACUUGACUGAAUAAGUAUUAUCUGUUUGAAUUAAAUAGUAAGAUAUAUUCGGAUAAUUUCGUAUAUCGGAUAAUUCCAAAAAUUACUUGAAAACCACUCGUCAAUUAAGGCUUGGCCAAACACACGGCGCGACGCAGCGUGGCGUCCGCGCCUCGUGAUGCCGACGCGAUGACUGUUCAAACAGUAGGCCUAGCACAUGAUGGCCGCGAGAGAUGCUAACCCUGCAGGGCGCGCGCGGAUCACGUCGGCCUCUCGCUCUCAACACGCCCUCAUCGCGGGCGUGACUCGCGCAUCUACACCAUGCGGCCGCGGAGGGUCGCUCAUUCCUUGAAUGUGUGAGUGAGCGCGGCGCAGCGUGCCGCGGCGUCCGCGCCGCGUGGACGCGCGGGGCGCGAUGCCGGCGGGACGCAGUCUGUUUGACGUCGCUAA